AUGUUAUUAGGAGGAUUUUCAUUAGAAUUAUUGGUAGACGGAAAGUUACUUAAAGAGUAUAACGAGUCUGUUGAUAAAAGAACUACUACGACAGGUGUUUCGUAUGUACUCGACCAAAAAACUGGUGAAAAGGUUGAAAGUGAUCAAACGUAUUAUGCAGCGGUAGAUCAAUUAGAUAAAAAUUAUGAAAUAUUAUUUGGAGCUAAAAAAGAAUUAUUUACUAUGGGAGAACAAUCUUCCGCCAUAUCUUUUCGAACAAAAAUUUAUGUUGAUGGUCAAUUGGAUCGUUCUUUAAGAUUAAUUAAUAAAGCUGUUAAAAUUAAGAAAGAUGGAUUCAUUGGUGAAAAAAGAAAGAAAACUGCUUUAAUGUUUGAUCUUUCUAAAUGGAUGGAAAAUGAUGACGAAAGUAUUGAAAAAGGUGAAACUCAAAAUAAUGAUAGUGCAAACAACUUUUUGAGUAAAAGAAAUGAUACGAAGGAAGAUAUUAAGAAUGAUAAUGACGAUGACUUGAGUAAUGAGAAGAAGCCAGACCAGAGUAAAUUUGGGUAUGGUGCCGUAUCAGUUUACUUCUUCAACGCCAAAGAUUUUGAUAAAAAUGAAACAGCGACUGGAAAUCCUAUACCGUUGGCUGCGUUACAUUUACAUUAUCGUCCAACACAAUGGCUCCUAGCAAGAGAUAUUCUUGCCAAGGAAGAGCCAAAUGAGAUCUUUGAUGAGGCUCAAAUAAUAAAAGAAGUUGAUGAUACGGUCCAGAAAACCGUUCAACAAGUCAAGCUUCAUCCUGCUCAUCCUGGAAAAAAUAAAGACAUGAACCAAGAACCUGAUGAUGAUGAUUGCGAUAUUUCGGAAUGGACAGGAAAGUUAGACCUGAGUGAUGCACAAGAAGUUGUUGAAGAGAGCCAAGGAACGAAGAAAAAAUCUCGUGGUAAAAAGGAAAAGAAAAAUGUUGAGAAGGUAAAGAAUGAAAUGGAAGAACCUGCUGAUAAUGAUAGCGAUAAAGGAAAGUCAAUUCCGAAUGAUACACAAGAAGUUAUUGAAGAGAACCAAGGAGCGAAGAAAAAAUCUCGUGGUAGAAAAGAGAAAAAGAAUGUUGAGAAGGUAAAGAAUGAAAUGGAAGAAUCUGCUGAUAAUAAUAGCGAUAAAGAAAAGGAUGACGUACAAGAAGUUGAUGAAGAGAACCAAGGAACGAAGAAAAAAUCUCGUGGUAAAAAAGAGAAAAGGAAUGUUGAGAAGGUAAAGAAUGAAAUGGAAGAAUCUGCUGAUAAUGAUUGCGAUAAAGGAAAGGAAGAUGUACAAGAAGUUGAUGAAGAGAACCAAGGGACGAAGAAAAAAUCUCGUGGUAAAAAAGAGAAAAAGAAUGUUGAGAAAGUAGAAAAAUCUGUUGAUAAUGAUUGCGAUAUUUCGGAAUUGACAGAAAAGUUAACUCUGGACGACGCACAACAAACUGUUGAAGAGAAGAAAAAAUCUCGUGAUAAAAAGAAAAAGAAUGUUGAGAAUGUACCUGUAAACCGUUAUAAUUUGAGGCCGAGAAAAUAA